AAUUGAUUUUGUUUGACGGAACCCAACCUCGACAAGCAUCUCUUUCUACAGAGGGAGUUUCAAGGAAGAAGAUGGCGGAGCACUUGGCGUCGAUAUUCGGGACAGAGAAGGAUAGGGUGAACUGCCCGUUUUACUUCAAGAUCGGGGCUUGCAGGCAUGGCGACCGGUGCUCGCGUCUUCAUACGAAGCCCAGCAUCAGCCCCACACUGCUGCUAUCCAAUAUGUACCAGCGCCCCGAUAUGAUUACUCCUGGUGUCGACCCUCAGGGCCAACCUCUCGACCCCAAGAAGAUCCAAUCUCAUUUCGAGGAUUUCUACGAAGAUUUGUUUCAGGAGCUGAGCAAGUAUGGGGAUAUCCAGAGCCUUAAUAUAUGUGAUAACUUGGCUGAUCACAUGGUGGGUAAUGUCUACGUCCAAUUUAGGGAGGAAGACCAAGCACAAAAUGCACUUCAGAAUCUCAUGGGGAGGUCUUAUGAAGGGCGGCCUAUAAUCGCUGACUUCUCCCCUGUGACGGAUUUCCGUGAGGCAACAUGUAGGCAAUAUGAAGAAAAUGUAUGCAAUCGAGGUGGAUACUGUAACUUCAUGCAUCUGAAAAAGAUAAGCAGAGAGCUGAGACAGCAAUUGUUUCGGAGAAGUAGAAGGAGGCAUGAUCGCAGUAGAAGCAGAAGCCAUAGUCCUCAUCAUCACAACUAUGAGGAGCGUCAUGGUUCAGGGAGAAGGGGUGAUCACCGCCACCAUGACAGAGGCAGAAGGCCUCGAAGCAGAAGUCCUGGUCGUAGGAGGGGACGAAGCAGAAGUCCUGGUGGUAGGAGAAAUAGGAGUCCAGUCAGGGAAAGCAGUGCCGAGAGAAGGGCAAAAAUUGAGCAAUGGAAUAAGGAAAGAGAAGAGGCAGAAUCUGCUAGAGAUUAUAGCAGCAAAAGUGAUGAUAAUAGCCAUGGUCUCAAACAUAAUGGUGGUGAAUCCAGUGACAAUAAUCUGCAUCCAUCUGAUCAAGGAAAUGGAAGCUAUGACUUCUAAAACCCAGGUGGUUUUCAUGGUGGGGAGGAUUCACCACUUUCUCCUUUUCAUCCUUCCAAGAAAUAGCUCAUGUUUGUGAUAUCACAAUGACACAGGCACAUGAUUGAAAAUCUUUUUCUAAAAGACUAACCAUGGACAGAAAAAUAACUGAUGAACUAUAGGAAAAAAAACCAUGAAAUACAGAUUCUGAUUGGUGAAUCCCAUGGAAGUCUUAGGAAAAGGAAGUCGUUGUGAAAUUGCCUCGCCUAGGUCAUACAUAAUGUCUUCAGAUUUGUUUUAUGGUCAGAGAGCUCUGCGCGACUUCCUUGUUCAUCCUCCUAUUGCACGUAGGAGCAUUCUCAUCUCUCUUUGGGGAUUGCUUUCAGUUUCUUGUUCUUUUGUGUUUCCCCUAGAAGCAUUCACAUUCUUUCUAAUAUUCAGGCCAAGUUGCCUUGACCAGAAAAACUCUGUUACCAUUUGAUUGCUGCCAUAUUCUCACAUUAGAAACUCAAUUCAAGGCAUUUCAAAAGUAAUUCAAACAGGUAAGCCUCCUCAGCCCCGGAACCUACAACAUGAAAGAACAUCGUAUCAAGUACAACCAUUACAAUUUUUAUGUAAUUUAAUCCACUCCUCUAAGUUUUGCAGGGUCGGCUACUCCUGCUGGGGAUGCUCUUUAUUCUAGCAGCUUAUAUUGAUAUUUGGGUACAGGUAAUCCGGUUUUGUCUGCAGAGAAAGAUCUCAAAAUUACAGCAUAUGUAGUGGCUAGUUUGCAUCUUGCAACAUACAGUUCAACGGAAAAGUUGCUACAUUAACAGUGACCUCCAGUGAUGACCAUGGUUAGUUCGAAGUGUGCCUGUCAGCAGAUGAUAAGUGUUCUUUUUCUCCUCCUCUUCCUAAAGAUGUGUAUCAUGGAAGUAUUUUCGUUUUCUUUCUUGUCUGUUGUUAGGUUAAUGUUAUUUACCUAUUAACUAAAAAUGUUUGGGGUUUAGUGUGUUAUCAUUACUACUAGUGGACAGCAAAAUUAGAGCUA